ACAACGAACAAUGGGACUGUGACACAGGGGUCGCUCUCCCGGCGGCAGGGCGGCUCUUUGUCCCCUACCCUGCCCCCUGCUCCUUCUCCCCCCAUCUCCACCCAGGUCCCCUGCCGGAACUCGCGGAGGGGCUGCGUCUCCACUCCAGCCCCGGCCUGUGGCUCUGUCGUCCGCGCACGGGGAGGGCCAGGGCCUCGCCCGCCGUGUCCCGGAGCACUGUACCCCUAUUCCUUGCCCCGAGGGGACGAGGGCGCCAGGAACGUGCCCCCGCCCCGAACGGCGCUCAAAGCACCACUCCCCGCCCACCCAGCCGCCGGUCCCGGGGACUCCGGGGAGAAUCUGCGAUUCGCGAGGUGAAGACCGCUGGGGACAGUGGAGAAAGGUCUCCCACUGGGACCUUAACACGGGGGUUGCAGGGCGCCGAGCCGGCGGCAGAACCCCCUCCCAACCGCAGCCUCGCCCCUUCCCACAGCCUGUGAGUCUGCCUCGUUAUCCCCGUGUCCCCGAAGAGCAUUUACGUCUCGUCUGCUGAGAGCAGAGGGGAGGGGGGUGUCGGUCCCCCAGGACCUGCAAGGAGAUAAAACCCGCGCACUCGACCGUGAGCAGCCACAGCCGGGAGCGCGCGCCCGCGCCGCAGCUGAUGUCCCCAUUUACAGUCGCUCAGCCAUUCACCCGACAACCGCGUUCGCAGCGCCUACUGUAGGCCAGACCUGUUCUAGACUCCCAGGGGUUUCUGCAGGGGGCGACCGCAGAGGCCACGGGCCUCUGUGGGGAGAAACGGAGAAAAGAUAAACAAAUUAGAUAGCUGUGAGACUGUGGUAAGUGCUGUGCAGGGGAUUCAGACAAGCUGCUGUCACAGAAAGUGAUAAUCAGUCACUUUAGAUCCCAUGGUCGGGGAGGACCUCUGAGGAGGUGCAUCUAAUCUGAGAUCUGAAAGUAAAGAAGGACAAAGAUAAAGAAGGGCGCUCUAGGUGGAGGGACCAGUUAGCACAGAAGCCCUAGAGUUGGCCUGUUAGUGGAAGGCCAGUGUGGCUGGGAAUGGGCCAAGGAAGAGGGGUGAGAGAUGAGACCACAGGGGACAACUCCUGCCUGAUUCUCAGGUAGCUAGGAAAGCAGUGGGCAGUUAGCAGGAAGCGGUAUGACCUGAUUUACCUUUUAAGAGACUCACUCUAGGCCAUAUGUGGAAAAGGGAUUGGGGGUGAGGGGCGUGCACAGAAGUGCAGAGUCAGUACCUCCUUCCCCCCACUCCCAUCCACCCCUCUCUGCAGGUAGAUGUUCAGGAGAGGGGGGUGGGAAGAGCAUAGGCCUGAGGGGCAUAGCUUUGAGGAUUAAGCCCAGGGGAGCGGAUGUUCCCCCAGACACUGGCCCUGGUAAGCCAGCUCCUGGCUCCUGGGUGGAGGGGCCCUUCUCCCCGCUGGGGCGCUGUGCUCCACAGGCCCAGCUGAGUUUGGGUUUGGAGAGGAAAAGGGUUUCAGCUUAUACUUGGGGAUGCGGGGCGUCCUCACCCCAAGAAGCCAGAUUAAACAGCUCCCUGGGGCUCCCCGCUCCCGAUGAAGCCUGUGCACAGACCUGCUCCUGGGAGAAUCAGAGGUGAGCACGACACAUGGCUCACUAGGGAAGUCUCGGGCAGGGUUAGCACUGCACUUGUGGGAACCCCCUCCCCAUUUGCAUGGGACUCCUCGUGGUAUUCCCCUGGUCCUCCGAGCUGAACUUUCCGAGAGAAAAACGAAGCCUCCAUCUAGACGAGGUUUGUUUGCAUCAUCUACAGACUGUGGGACCAAGGGUCCCCUGGCCUAGUGUCCCACAAGAGCGUCCCUAACAUCACUGUGGUGCAGCAAAGACAAAGUGCUAGAGAUGAGGCCUCUGGGUGGCUUGAGAGGAGGUCUGCCCCCCACACCAUGGCUGGACAGGUUAGGGCAGAGCAGGAGGGGAUGGCGGGAGGUUGAGAAGGCCCAGAGCUGAGACAGGCUCCUGAAGCAAGAGGGACCAUCUAAGCCAGAGCCACACAGCCCCACAAAGGGCCCACAUCCCCCAGGGUCCAGCAGGAGGUGUCAAGUCCCCUAGAGUAGUCCCCACAGUCCAACAGACUCUGGACCCCAAGCCAGGCGCUUGGAAAUGCCACAUAUCUGCAUUUUUAGCCCCUCAGGCAUGAGAAGCCCUGCCUUGUCAUGAAAACUAAAACCAGAUCAUGGACCUCAAACACAGUCAUUCGCUAGAUACCCAGUCAAAGUAGUGUGGGUCUUUUAAAAAAAUAAAGAUGUACCACCAAUCCCCCAUUUUUCCUCCAGAAUCUCCUAGACUGCAUGUGUCCAUUUAAAGCCACACAAAUGUUUUUGAGAGCCAGCUGGGGUGAGAGCCAGUACCCUAACACAGAGUAGACAAAAUAUUCCAAAAUGCAGGGGCUGUGAACCCGGGAAAUGAUACGGGCUUGGCCCCAGUGGUGAGCAAUUUUCUCUCCACUGGGAAGGGAAGGGGCUCUGUAACUCUCCUGUGUGGCUGGGGCCCUGAGCACAGACCCCAGUGCAGGUUACCAUCUGGUGUUUGCUGAGUGAAUGUGCGACCCUUUGGCGCAUGACAAACUGAGUCUGAACCCCUCACUUUGAAGGUGAGGAAACAGCUCAGGAAGGUCACUUUCAUUGCCCAAGGUCACUAUCAUUCACUGGUUUACUAAACACAAAAAUAUUACGUAAGACUUUAUCCACAAAUGCAUAUAUAUGUGCAAUCAUAUAUACGUUGUAAAUUGCACCACAAAAGAGAUGAGCAGAACACAUCAUUAUGAGGGCAUCCUGAGACACUGGGAGCCGCUUCCUGGAGGAGGUGACGCUGGAGUUGAUUCUUGAAGAAUGAGUAGGAGUUUGCCAGGUUGUUAGGAGGGAGGAGAGGGUCAGGAUACUCCAAGUGGCGGGAACAACACAAACCAAGGCGCAAGGUGAGCGACAGUGAGCCAUGCGUGCAGACGCAGCCAUGCCUCACUGCUGGAGUAUAUGGGUGGAGCUGGGCGGCAAAGGGUUCCGUGAGCCAUGGGAGGGCAUAUAGCCCUCUCCUUGAGGCUUUGAUAGACAACAACAGCAACAACUAUAAUAAUAAUCCACCACACCAUUUACCAGCGCGCCAUCUGAUUCUAAGCCAGCCCUCACGUGAUGGUUUUAACAGCCCUAGGUGAUGGUGUCAUUAGCCCUUCUAGCAUUGAAUGUGGAUUCCUGUUGGCUUGGUUGGUGGUUUCCACGAAGCUAAGGUCACCGAGUGUGAACUUAUGGGCAAUGUUCAGAGGCCAAGGCCUCUGGUGUGGCCAGCGGAGGGCUGUGUGGUAGCCGAAUAUCUAUAAUGCCCUUGGCAAAGUGACUGUAAUUAUUACGUGCCCACGCGUGCUAGGGUUUGACACAGAUGGUCUCACUGAGUCCUCACUGCAGCCCUGUGAGGUAGCAGCUCUCCUGUUACAAAGGGGUAAACUGAGGCUCACAUGGGUUAAGUCACUUGUCCAAGGUCACACAGCUAGCAAGUGAGCGAGCUGGGAUUCAAACCCAGGGCCAUCUGAGCCCAAGAGUGCAUCUUCCCCCACAGACUACUGUCUCCUGCGCCCAAUUGCUCCUUCUCACAGAGGAAGACUGGACCUUUCCCUGGGACCCUGGUUCUCUCACGCUGGGGACCUGCCCUGUGCCAGGACCACGGCCACCCCCCGGCUUCCUCCUGCUUCAGGACUUCCACGCUGUGACCAAGCCAGAGACACACUAAGAAGAGCUCUCGCAAAGCUCUCGAGAGGUCCCGUUUGGGGGAUCAGGGACCAGCGAUGCACAAGACGGCUGCCUAGAACCACUGAUGUCACAGGCAAAAGCCUCAAGGUUAAUUUGAGGGCCGUGGGAGCCACAGAAGAGCACAGAGCGGAAGAGAGACCUGCCAGAUUUGUUGAAUAGCACAGGACAGGAGGAGAGGUGAGCGGGGUCACAGGCGACCUCAGCUUCUUGUCCCCAUAUUCCAAACAAGGAGGAUGGAGGAAAAGGCAGUGUCUAGAAUUCCAAGAUGCAGAGGUCCAGCCCAGAUACUUUUCUCCCUCCGACUAUCUGAGGGCUUUGACCUGAUCCCUUCUGGACAUGGUGUGGCCACCAGCGGGAUGAGGCAGCUCCAUGGAGCCCCCUGGUGGCCUAAGGAGUUGUUGCGGCCACAAGGGCCGGGGACAGGUUCACUCCUGGACACCCACUGAACUAGGACCUUUCUUGUGACCCAGACGGAUGCCAGGAGCUUCUCUGGGUGCCAACAGGGAAACGUCGUCUCCCAACAGCCUUGUACUGAGGGCGUCACCCCCAUGUUAUAUGUGGACACCUGGAGGGGACAGUCCCAUGUCAUCAGGCUGCUGCUGAAAAUCCAUUGUCAGGGAAACAAGUAACAGGCAGACCGAAUGCUCGCCCUAUGCGGCCCAUCUGUACGAUGCCGAGGACCCGUCCACGCCCCUGCGGACGGUGCCCGGGCUCUGCGAGGACUACUGCCUGGACAUGUGGCAGACCUGCCGGGGCCUGUUCCGCCACCUCUCGCCGGACCGUGAGCUCUGGGCGCUGGAGGGCAACCGUGCCAAGUUCUGCCGCUACCUGACCCUGGAUGACACAGACUACUGCUUCCCAUACCUGCUGGUCAACCAGAACCUCAAUUCAAACCUGGGCCGCGUGGUGGCCGACGCCAAGGGCUGCCUGCAGCUCUGCCUGGAGGAGGUGGCCAACGGGCUGCGCAACCCCGUGGCCAUGGUCCACGCCCAGGACGGCACCCACCGCUUUUUUGUGGCUGAGCAGGUGGGGCUGGUGUGGGCCUACCUGCCCGACCGCUCGCGGCUGGAGAAGCCCUUCCUGAACAUCAGUCAGGCCGUGCUCACCUCGCCCUGGGAGGGUGAUGAGCGAGGCUUCCUGGGCAUUGCGUUCCACCCCCGUUUCCGGCACAACAGCAAGCUCUACGUCUACUACUCCGUGGGGGUCGACUUCGACGAGUGGAUCCGCAUCAGCGAGUUCAGGGUUUCGGAGGAUGACGCCAACACCGUGGACCACGACUCUGAGAGGAUAAUCCUGGAGAUUGAAGAACCAGCCUCGAACCACAACGGGGGGCAGCUGCUCUUUGGGGACGAUGGGUACCUCUACAUCUUUACCGGAGAUGGCGGGAUGGCCGGAGACCCCUUUGGAAAGUUUGGAAAUGCCCAAAACAAGUCGGCGCUGCUGGGCAAGGUGCUGCGCCUCGACGUGGACCGCAACGAGCGCGGCCCGCUCUACCGCAUCCCGCCCGACAAUCCCUUCGUGGACGACCCCGCCGCGCGGCCCGAGGUCUACGCCCUGGGGGUGCGCAACAUGUGGCGAUGCUCGUUCGACCGCGGCGACCCGGCGUCGGGCGCGGGCCGCGGGCGUCUCUUUUGCGGCGACGUGGGCCAGAACAAGUUCGAGGAGGUGGACCUGGUGGAGCGCGGUCGCAACUACGGCUGGCGCGCGCGCGAGGGCUUCGAGUGCUAUGACCGCAAGCUGUGCGCCAACGCCUCCCUCGAUGAUGUGCUGCCAAUAUUUGCCUAUCCACACAAACUGGGCAAGUCAGUCACGGGGGGCUAUGUGUACCGCGGCUGCGAGUACCCCAAUCUGAACGGCCUCUAUAUUUUCGGUGACUUCAUGAGCGGGCGUCUGAUGUCCCUCCGAGAGAACCCAGGGACAGGCCAGUGGCAGUACAGCGAGAUCUGCAUGGGCCGUGGCCAGACCUGCGAGUUCCCUGGCCUCAUCAACAACUACCAUCCGCACAUCAUCUCCUUCGCAGAGGACGAAGCCGGGGAGCUGUACUUCAUGUCAACAGGCAUGCCAAGUGCCACAGUGGCCCGUGGGGUUGUCUACAAAAUGAUUGACCCCUCCAGACGGGCACCCCCCGGCAAGUGUCAGAUCCAGCCUGCCCAGGUGAAGGUGAGGAGCCGCCUCAUCCACUUUGUGCCCAAAGAAAAGUUCAUCCGGAGAGCCAAGAGCACCCCGCGGCCCACAGCACGUGCGACCACUAAGGCGCCCCGUCGCAGUCGCCCCACGGCCACUGCACCGCCUGCGCCCACCCGGCAGCCGGCACGGCCCACCCGGCAGCCGGCACGGCCCACCCGGCGGCCUGGAAGCCGGAAGGGCGGUGGGCGACGGCGGGGGCGACCAGGCACCGCAGACCCUGCGCCCUCAAAUGGCGCCGUACGCCUGGUGCGGCCCGCGGGCCUGAGUCCAGGCCGUGGGCGCGUGGAGGUGUUCGCGGGUGGCCGCUGGGGCACUGUGUGUGACGACCGCUGGGACAUCAAGGCCGCGGCCGUGGUGUGCCGCCAGUUGGGCUUUGCGUACGCCGUGCGAGCCGCCAAGCGCGCCGAGUUCGGGGAGGGCCGCGCACUGCCCAUCUUGCUGGAUGACGUGCGCUGCGCGGGCAGUGAGAAAACCCUGCUGGAGUGCACACAUGCCGGCCUGGGCACGCACAACUGCGGCCACCAGGAGGACGCGGGCGUCGUGUGCAGCCACGAGGACCCCGAUCUGUAGGCGAGUGUAGUCUGUCCCGCCUGACUGUCCUCCGUUGGACCGGAGCCUGGCAGGGCCCUCUGCCCUGUGUGCGCCUGGUGCGUGCACGGGAGUCCGGAGGUGGAGGUGGCCCAUCUGUAAUGCUGUCCUGUGGAUGCGCAUGAGGUGUGCGCAGUGAACAGUGUUCUCUGUGUGUCCCUGCCCAUGUGUCCUCUAGACCAGAAGCCCCAGCACGUGUUGGGGCCCCGGGGCCCUGGGGAUGUGUGGUCCUGGCAGAAGCCAUUCUUUUCUUACCUCUGAGUAUCAGCAGGAGCACAGCCUGGCUAUGGAACCCGGAGCACUGAGGGUGGCCACCCUUCAAGGACAGACAGGGCCCCUGGCUGCAUUAACAGAGUCAUAGCUGGUAGACUGAGGGAGGGGGACCAGGCUUGCCCAGCUCACAGCUGCCAUGGAAGGCCCUAGACCAGCUGAGGAACGUGUAGCUUGAGGAAUGUGGCCCAAAGAGCAUGGACCCGUGGCCGAGCAGUCAGAGGUGCCGAAGAGAACAGAAAAGCAUCCAGUGGGACAAAGAGAAGCCAUCAGACCGAUGGGUCCAGGAUAACCCUUGGGCCAUGUUUGCCCCAGCGAGUGCCUGGGUGGCGGGGUGCUGGCUGCAGGGCACUGGAUGACCUCUGGGAGAAGCCUCCUGGUCAUCUUGAACCUCUAUGAGCCCAUGUGGGUGCUCUGGGGAGGGUGCUGGGCCACCCAACCCUAAGGCCUGACCCUCCUCCCCAGGACAGAGGCCACCCAGCACUGACUAGGCGGAGCUUCCACCUGGCCACUCCCAGCACCCCAGCUCCACUUUCAAGGAGGUGUCGGGGCCACUGGGGCCACCGGUGUCAUCUGAAAUCCCAGGGAACCCUCCCAUUCCUGCAGCCCCACCCCGGGGCCACCAGGCUGUGGGUCCGGUGAGACUACUGAUGCUCUGCCAACAACGUGACUGUUUACAACCCCUUCUUGCCUCAUCUCUCUGAGCCAUGCCUGCCUGGGAGCUGGGGAGGCGGGCAGAGUGGGGAGAUGGGCCUGCAGCCUCCCUCCUGCUCACAGGUGGACGUUCCUUUGCCCACCGAGGGCCUUGGCCCUGGCUCGUGCCAGGGGGCAUCAAGGACAGCUGGGCUCAGCUUCUGAUGGGGAGGGGCAGGGACAUUAAGCAGCUGGUCACUGGGCAGAGAGGAGAGCAUAUGGCCCACACUGGGGGCUGUAAGGGCUCUGGUGGGGCAGCCCAGCCCGGCCUGUGUGUUGUUCAGAGUGCAGCUGGCGCUUGGGGCCGUGUGGCGACGGAGGAAAUGGCUCUGUGAGGCUCUGCUCACCGAAGCUGAGUGUGGGGUCCGGGCUGCAGGAGGAUACUAGAGGGUCACUCUCUCGAGCUCCUCUUACCUCUGAGAACCUGACCCAGAGAGGGGCUGCCUCUGCCCAGCGUCACACAGCUUAGUUCUGGAGUCCUCGGAGCCCAGAGCUUCAGGGAUGUCCCAGGUGUGGCCCAGCACCCAGGACUGCAUCUAUAGCAUCAGCCUUAGGUGACAACACCCCAGGACCCUGACUGGCCCUCACUUGUUCCUUGUUCACCUGCAUCCCUCUGGCAAGCUCCAGCUGGACCAGGGCCCUGGGUAGCCACCUUUCUCCUCUGACAUUAGGAAAGGGCCCCUGUCCCUAACAGCCCUGACAGCUGUGGUCAGCGGUUGAAGGCCAGCAAGCUAGUGGGCAACCUCCAGUUCCCCAAGGCAUCCCUGUGUUUAUACCUUGCAAAUAUUUGACGGCGAGGCUAGAGCCUUGGCUGUGUGCCCUUGGGGAGCUCGCUUAACCUCUCUGAGCCUCACUGGAAAACAGAGAUAAUCAGCAGGAUUAUUGGAAGAAAAGUGAGGUAACAUUUGCAAACAUGCCCCGCUCAUUCCAGGUUGCUUCCUGAGCAGAAUGCUCAAUACCAGGCUGGUGGUGUCCACGCUGGCAGCUGCCAGCUGCAUAAGACAGGGUGGGGAGCGGUACACCAUGUGGAGGGACCAGAUGAGAAUGACCUGGGACAAAUCCUCAAAAUGGAGGGAAAUGAGUCUCUUCACACUAACACGUAGAGGACGCCUUCUUGUUCUCUUACUCCUGCUGAGAACUGGCAUUUAUCGAGUACUUACUAUAUGCCAGGUGCCGCAGGUGUGCCGGCUCAUUUAGUCCUCACAAUGACUCCAUAAGGUACCCUUGACAUCACCAUUCCUCUUUUCCAGAUGAAGGGGCAGAUCCCCAAGGUGACUACUGUGGAACUGGUCUUGGGUCCUAGGUUUAGAGGGCGAGGCGGCUUUGAACCAAAGCCCUCUCCACAGAGCCUGAUCUUUCUCCUUCCCUGGGCUACUGUACCUGUUCCCUGUCAGGACACUCAAGUGAGGGCAGCCACUUCAGAGCCAUCUCUUCUGCCUGCAUCUCCUUCCACGAUUCCUGCCAGGAAACCACUUCCAAUAUGGAGCCAUCUUUACUGGUGGCUCUCAAACGUGAGCAGCAGCAUCUGCAGAGCUGGUUAAAACACAAGUUGCCAGGUCCUAUCAGAGUUUUCUACUCAGUCUUGGUGGGGCCAAGAGUUUCCAUUGUGACACCAGGUGAUGCUGAUGGCCUACAGGCCACACUUUGAGAACAAUUGUCUGUAUACUAGUGCGGUCCAACAGAAAUGUACAUGAGCCACAUAGAUAAUUUCAAAUUCUCUAGUAGCCCUGUUAUAAUAGUGAAAAUAAACAGGUGAUACUCAUUUUAAUUAACCCAACAUAUUAAAAAAUUAUCACUUUAACAGGUAAUUUAAUAUAAAAAUAUCAAUGACUUUUUUUACAUUCUCUUUGUAUUAAAUCAAUGUGGUCUGGUGUGCAUUUUACACACACAGCACAUCUCAAUUUGGACUAGCCACGCUUCAAGUGCUUGAUGGCCACGUGUCCAGUGGCUACCACACAGGUUUGUAGACCUUCCCAGGGAAGAACUACGUGGUUGGCCACGUGCUUGCUAGCGGCGCCCUCUGCUGGUGACUCGCAGUGCGCAGGGCCUCCAACCCGAGCCGUGGUGUGCUCCCGUCUUAUUAUUUAUUUAUUCCCCACUUAAUCACAGGAGAGCUGGCAGGAUUAGAUGAGGUGGCCAUGGGGAGGGAACACAGCCAACACGCCCCAGUCAGGGACAGGGAUGCUCUGUAGACAGAAAUACCAGGUUGAGUCAAGGUCACACUUAGCCAGAGGUCACUCGUGUUGAGCAGUGCACCAGAGAGUGUUCUCGAAUGCCCACUCCUCCCAUUAGCUCUGGUUGGACAGGCUCAGGUUCACAAUUGUACCCCGAGGUUGCUCCAAUCCCUCCUCAUGUGGGGCCCAGACUGUGGCCAGAGCGGUUCAGAACCUUGCUCUGCCCUCCUUGCCCUCAAAGAACAAUUGUUCGGGGUCCUCUCUUCAAAUUGCGUCCAACCCCUGGAGCUUUCAUAGCCCAGGAGGAGCUGUCUGACCUCCCCAUCUUCCUCCGGCUGCU